CAGCUGGGCUCAGAUGAACGAGAACUGAGAAGUGGAAAUAGGAACACUGUAAUCCCAGCUGAAAACUGAAACAGAAACAAAAAUAAUAUGAUUAGUCAGCUGUUCAUAUCUCUAUCGGUUUUGCUUUUUUCUCUGUCUUAAAUUUAUUUAGCCUUCAAGGCUUCGAUUCAAAAAUUUCCUCAUAAUUUACACGUAAAGCAAAACCGAACAACUUGGUUGGCAAGUACAUCAUAAGUCAUAAGCAGUUUUGGGUGUCGAGUGUUUUUCAAAAUAGUGAAUUUUUAGUUUGUUGUGCAUUUCCUGUGAGAAUUUACUAUUUUCUCACAUAUUUGGAUUGGAAUUCCAUUUUCAGUUAAUAGUAGACACGACAAAAGAAAGAAGAGAAAAAUGGAAAAGUAUCCAAUGCCCCCCGAAAACAUGCCAUCAGCGCCCCCUGCUUACGAAGCAGAAUGCAGACCACCCCCAUACUACCCUGGUCCGAAUGUGCCGCCGGUCCACACUGGACACUCAGUCCCAUUGGUUCAAGCUCCUCCUCCUGGGUUUGCUGCUACUGCUACUGCUGCUCCUUAUCCACAGCAACAAUAUGCAAUGCCUAUUACUCAAGCUCCAACCAGUGUACCUAGUGCCAUAAUAGUUCAAAAUACUGAAAAUAUUGUGGUGCCGUUGGCGGUUGUUGGACCUAAUCAAGUGACCACCACAUGUCCAAUGUGCAGGAAAGUUAUAAAAAGUUCCACUGAAAGGACAGUCAGAUUGGCAGCUCAUCUGGCCUGUAUGGCUUUGUGCCUUGCGCAAUGCUACAUCUGCUGCUGCAUUCCUUACUGGAUGGACAGCUGCUACAGCGUGCAUCAUACUUGUCCUCACUGCAAGUACUUCAUAGGAACAUACAACAAAUAAAUCAUACUAUAAAUAUUAUUUGAUCAUGAGAGCCUUAAAUGUCAUUUUAGAGUUUAUACCUCAUCGAUAAUAUAGAGUUGUGGACGCCUGAAGCUUCUUAUGAAUUGGUAAUAUUGAUCUUUAUCAUAUUGUUUACAAGUGAACUAUUUCCAUGUAAUAUUUAUCUUGCGAUUCCAAGUCAUUCUGCUAAGCCAUAUAGUACUCUCAAGAUUCAUAAACAAGACUUGAUUAGAAUUUUUUUUGUAAGGUGUUGACCACAUGCUCACAUGAUUUCAAUUUUCCAAUUACGCCUCUAAUAAUAUUUUGUAAGCUAGAAAACGAAGUGAUGAAAAUAAUCCACGUGAAUAAAAGUUAUCAGCUUCUUUCCUAUUAUUUUUGUGCAUAAUCAGCUAACGUGGUAUAAGUUUUUAAUUAGAUUUUCUGACAUUCAAAGUUCCUUUUAUGAGAUUAAAGUUCAGUUGAGAUUAGAUAAUCAUGUUUAUAUAAGUGAUCUAGUUAGUAGUUUUAGUUUCCAAAAUUAUUUGAUAUUAAUCUUUAUUUGCUUUUAGUGCUUUUACCUACUUGGAAAGAUGGACCCAUUUUCGAGUGCUUGUAUUUGAAAUACAAGUAUUAAUGAAAUUUACUUACGGUAAAUCAAUAAUUGAAUCUUUCAUUAUUUGAAAUUGACUUAUUAAUGGAAAGAGUUUUCGAAGUAUAAAAAAAUGCUCGUCCUACACAUCGGAGAUUGGAUAGGUUCUAGAUGAAAUUGCACUAAAGGCCUAUUUUCGGCAAUCGCCUUGGAAGAUGAUAUUUAUCAAAGUGAUUAUUUCUUAUGGUGUUCAUGGAGCCGAAUACAGAUUUUGCCACCGCUUAGAUCAAUAUAGUGCAUCAACACAUUUUAAGUGUUACAAUUCCCGCGAAUGCUUUCAAAUUCCUGUUUUAUCAUGGGUAUGAGGAUAGUUCAUUUUGACUCUGCAUUUUAUUGUACGAAUUUUCGAAAUGGGCCCAUCAUUUUUUAUAUUUUUACAUUAUAUAUUAUUUUUUGAACUUGUAUAAUCGACUAAGAAAUUGCUAUAAAAUUUGCAAGGGAUUCAAUUAGCGUAGUAUUAAAUUUUUCCACUGAGAUGAAAUUUCUGUUGCAUGAGAUAAUUAUAGACUUACUUGUGAUGUAAUGUAAUCAGCAAUCAAAAUCAAAUUGAAGCCCAAUUUGAAAUGUGGAAACCAAUAGAAAUGAGGUGCACAUUUUAAUAUUUUUGUCUGGAAAUCAAAAUUUUAUCACAAAAUGUAACAUUUGUAGUUUUUUCGAAAAAAAUCGAAAUAGUUGUAGUUUAGAAAUUUUUCUUCUAUUUUGAAUUACUUGACAAAUGAGAAAUCUUCCAUGAGUAUCAACUUCCGUACAAUUUAUCACAUGUUUAUUUUUUAACACAAGUUCUAGAGUACACCAAAAUAGAGUCCUAGUCAUUACUGCAAUCCUAUUUCUUUAAAGAAGUUUUGAUUGUGACAAUAUAGUAAUGUUUCUUUAUAGAUGAAUUACUGUAUCUUAUAAUUGCUAUUGGAUGUUCUGGUUUUUUAAAUAUUAUAUUAUUUCUAACAAUAACAUUGAUUCUGUCCAGAAACGAUUACAUGUUGGUACUUAUAAUAACGUUUGAAAAAGGAUUUCCUUCUUGAUUAACUCUACCUAAAUAAUGUUGCUUAUUAGGCUAUGAUAUAAAAUUUAGUUGAUUGGCUUCUCCCCCUUAUUAUUUGAUGAUUAUUUUUAUAAUAUAUAUUUGAAUUUCAUAUGUAAAACACUAUACUUUCAUUUAUGAAUAUUGUAGCAAGAUAUAUACUUUCAUUAUGAAUUUAUCUGAAAAUGUCGUAUUUUAGCUCUUUAAACCAAGUGGUUAUCAAACCUUACUUUGCUCAAUUUCGAUAGCUCAUGUUUCACUUGAGAUCUAUUCAAAAUAGUAUUAUUUUCAUGUACAAAUUAUUUGGCAGCUGAUAAUAUAUUUGGCAGCUAAUAAUAUGAUAUCAUCAUAGUCAUAAGACUCGCAUCAUGAACAAGUUGGCAGCAAAACAGUGAAAAUAAGCUACUUUUUCAAAGAUUUAAUCUAUUUAAUAUUUGCUAACGUUCAAUAUUAUCACAAUAUUAUCUAGUGGUUUCAAUUCAUUGAAAAAUGAAUGAAUUCCUCUUGAAUAUUCAUUUAUUGAUUAUUGUUAUUAUAUAGCCUGUAAAAAUAUUAGAUUUAAUACUUCAACAUUAUCAUUGAUUACCUUAAUGAAUUUCAAAAGUUCAUGUAUGUAAGCCAUUUAUUGAAUUAUUCUAUGUAUUUGUAUUAUGAUUAUGAUAUUACUAUUCAUUGUGAUAACUGUUUUUAUACUAUAAUGUUUAAAAAACGUAAUAAAUAUGAAAUAUGUAUUGAAAAUAAAAAUAUCUUGAUGAAGAAU